UCAAAUGCUGAUGUUAUGGGCCUUUUGUUUGUCAAAGAGAAUAUAAGGAGAAGAUCUAGAGAGCAGUAUCACAAAAUCCUCCUCAACAAUCCUGAUCACGCUCAAGAGUUUUUAACGAAGACAUCAUCAUUCAACAUGAAAUCCCUUAUUUUGCUGGCAUUUGUCAUUGGAGUGGCCUACUGCGCUCCGCAACUGAUGUAUUAUGAGCUAGAGUACAAACCUGUAUUGUCUCAACAGGCUCAUCCUGCGGGAGCCGCUGCACCUAGUCCUUCUGAAAUAGAGAUUCUUUUGGCAGCACACCAGGCUGCAGCUGGAGUUAAUGCUCAACCUGUCCGUGGCUUCAUCAAACAUGAGAUUCCCCAGCCCGCAGGCAAAGAAAGUAUUGAAGUUCUGUACCCCUUCGGCUUUCCUAAACCUGCCCCAGCUGCCCCUGCUGUCCCAGCUGCUCCUGCUGCCCCAGCUCCUGUUCCAAAGGACGAUGAUGAUGAUCAUGAUGACUAAACCAGUGAACUUACCAUUUUAAGGCAACCAGAUAAGCUGACAACCCAUUCCUGACCGACAAAGAAGCUGCUUGUGUUUAGCAUAUUGACUGCGCUAAAUGCUUUCCUGCUUUAGAAAUAACGAUGAUCCUCAAAUGGUGCUUUUUCAGUGGCUUGAUGCAUGAGAGCCAUAAAAUCAUAUGCUUUUUUUGCAACCAUGUUUUUAAACCUUGAUUUAUAAUAAAGCGUACAAUCAAUA